AUGGCGAAUCCCGAUCCUGCAGAACAAAAUGCCUUGAUUGCGCAGUUCACUGCGAUCGUGGGAACAUCUGCUCGACAAGCUCAUCAAUUCCUUGCCGCAAACGAUUGGGAACUCGAGGCUGCCGUGUCGAAUUACUACGCCGCUCAAGAAGAUCACACCGAGGACAAUGCCGAUGAUUCAGACUACGUCGAUGAAGAGGAUGCAGACUCCUCGCAUCAAGCCCAAUCUCAACCCCCACAUCCUGCCUAUGGCGCAGGCCGGAGACUGGGGGAGGGUCCUACAGAUUCCCAACCCGUGCCCGUUGCCGCUGCCUCAGCUUCAGGCUCUUCUCAGCCCAAAACCAACCCAUCUUCGCAGAAGAAGUUCGCCACUCUCGGUGACUUCUCUUCAGGCGGUGCUAACGGUGACGACUCGGAUGAUGACGAUAAACAAGAUCUGUUUGCUGGGGGUGAAAAGUCAGGCUUGGCAGUGCAGAAUCCAGACGACCUGAGGAAGAGAAUUCUGGAAAAGGCUCAGAAGCGCGGUCCUCCGCCGAAAGAGGCUGCUCCCAAGAAAUCAUACUUCUCUGGUUCAGCACGCACCCUGGGAGGUGACGAUACACCCUCACGCGAGAUCCCCGCUGCACAUCAACCUCGUGGAAGAGCCGAGAGAGUCGAACGAGUGCUGCAUUUCUGGCAGGAUGGUUUUAGUAUAGACGAUGGGGACUUGUACAGAUUUGACGACCCUAGGAACGCUGAGAUACUCAACUCGAUCCGGCAGGGACGUGCACCGUUGAACAUUAUGAAUGUCCAACCAGGCCAGGAAGUGGAUGUGGAAAUCAAGCAGCAUGAAGAGAAGUAUGUCAAACCGAAGAAGCAGUAUAGGCCAUUCGAAGGAUCCGGUCAACGUCUUGGGAGCCCCACGCCUGGAGUGCCAUCGAUGCCUGGAAGCUUUACCUCAGAAACUACGGCACCAGUACCCGCACCCGCCUCUGCAGCUCCUCCAACUACCGAAGUGGACGAGUCGAAGCCAACCGUCACAUUGAGGAUCAGUCUAGGCUCGGGUACGCGACUGACUUCGCGCUUUAACACAACCCAGACGAUUGGAGACGUGUAUGACUUCGUUCGACGAGCCGAACCGGGCGGCAGAGACUUUGUUCUGCAAACCACCUUCCCCACAACAGAUCUCACAGACAAGACCAAAGUGCUCGGGGACAUGGCAGAGUUCAAGAGGGGAGGUGCUGUUGUUCAGCGAUACAUCUAA